CUGAGUAUAGACCUAUAGAGGCGACAUUCGUAGGAAGCGCUCAGUCUUUAUCACCGAAAGCACGAAGCCGAUAACAGAGAGCCGAAAAUAGAAGAGACAGUGUAUAUUUACCUGUAAUCCUGUUUACUAUGGAAUUAUUCCAUAGGGCUAGUCUGUUAGUCGUCGGAGUUUGCUUACUGUUGGAGGAAGGGCGUGGAGCCCCUACCCUCGAGAAUGUUACGGAAAGGUUUCGAGUUCAACUGGAGCAGUCAAUAUUUAGAACGUUCGACGAGUUUGCACAGUUUCUGCGGUCCUACUUUACACGACAAAUAGCGACGGAUUGGGAAAGUGGGGAACUCUCUUCUCCAGAAGAAAACCCUAGCCAAAUUCUGCGAAGGCGUCGAGCUAUUCUUCCUUUGCGAUUUGAAGACGUUGAGAGAGAGUAUCUGAUAAAACAAUCGCUACAGCUGCUGGGGCAGUUCGUCGGGUAUGUUGAAUAUGUCAAUAACGACAAUGAAACUCGAUCUUACUUAGAGGAGAUUCUCCGUGAACAUGGCGACAUGCUGAAAACAAUGUCAGUAGCUCAGCUGACGAGCUAUCUGGGAACACUACAGAGAACCAUGGAGGAUGGAGUCAACGGUCAACACCAGAUGGUUGUCAACGGAAAGGUGUUUUCUCUCGAUCAUAUAUCCAGUUGGUGCUGUCAGUUUGGAUAACUGUACUGUUACUAGUAUGUACUUUUGUGCUUUGACAAUUUAAUAACCAAUAAAAUACCAGAGCUCCAAAA